CUCAAGCAUAACGCAACUUACAUAAAAUUCUGUGAAAUAGUGAAAAGUAAAAAAUAACAAUCUACAUACAUCCAUACGUAUAUACCUAUAUACGAAAUAGACGCGUUGGUUGAAAUACGAAAUUUCUACGGAAACGGAACUAAAAAUGGCUUUAAAUGGCAGUCGUCGGUCCCAGGCGUUCAACGCAUUUUUAAUUGUCGCCUUAGCGUUGUCGUCAACUCUGCUCAUGCACGUAGUUCAGGCACAGGAACCGCGACGUGACGAUAAAUGGCCUCCACCAGCGGUGCUCAAAAUGGCAAAAAUAUUCCACGAUAUUUGUGUUGAGAAAACUGGCGUAAGUGAAGAGGCUAUUAAAGAAUUCAGUGAUGGUCAAAUACACGAUGACGAGGCUUUAAAAUGCUACAUGAAUUGCUUGUUCCACGAAAUCGAUGUGGUGGAUGAUAAUGGUGAUGUACACUUGGAAACACUAUACAAUACGGUACCGGGUACUGUACGUGACAAAUUAAUAAACAUGGCAAAGGGAUGUGAGCAUCCGGAAGGUGAUACGCUAUGUCAUAAAGCCUGGUGGUUCCAUCAGUGCUGGAAGAAAGCUGAUCCUGUGCACUACUUCCUACCUUAAAUUAUUGGCGUUUCCUAUGAUGUUACCUAAAGCGAGUUUUACGGUAUGCGAAGCGUAUUGACUAAAAGCCCAUUAUUUGAUGCGUAUUGACGAACACAAUCUUAAAAAAAAAUGGUUCUGUGGAUAUUCAUAUUUUUUUAUUUAGGGAUUUUUAUUUAAUUUAGAGAAAAUUUUAAGUUAAAUUAAAGCAUUAUAAAAAGGUAUGUAACGAUUUCUGGAGAAGCUUUUAUUUUUUUUGCUAGCAAAAAUGGAUAUUACUAUUGUCGAAUGGAUAUCUUAGUUAACGAAGAAUCAAUAGAUCAAAGAAAAUAAGAACAAGUAAAAAAUU